CACAACCCACCUCCCAGCCAUGCGCUGCCUCCUGCUCUUCAGUGCCUUCUGUCUCCUGGCUCUGGCCCUGGCCGCUGAGGUGAAGAAGCCUAUGGCAGCGGCAGCAGCUCCUGGCAUCGCGGAAAAGCUGAGCCCUAAGGCGACCACGCUGGCUGAGCGGAGUUCCAGCCUGGCCUUCAGCCUAUACCAGGCUAUGGCCAAGGACCAGGCGGUGGAGAAUAUCUUGCUGUCACCUGUGGUGGUGGCCUCAUCGUUGGGGCUUGUGUCAUUGGGUGGCAAGGCGGCCACGGCAUCACAGGCCAAGGCGGUGCUGAGCGCAGAGCAGCUGCGUGAUGAGGAGGUGCAUGCAGGCCUGGGAGAGCUGCUGCGCUCACUCAGCAACAGCACUGCACGCAACGUGACCUGGAAGCUGGGCAGCCGGCUGUAUGGGCCCAGCUCAGUGAGCUUUGCUGAUGACUUCGUGCGCAGCAGCAAGCAGCACUACAACUGCGAGCACUCCAAGAUCAACUUCCGCGACAAGCGCAGUGCCCUGCAGUCCAUCAAUGAGUGGGGUGCACAGACCACCGAUGGCAAGCUGCCCGAGAUCACCAAGGACGUGGAGCGCACGGAUGGUGCUCUGCUGGUCAACGCCAUGUUCUUUAAGCCACACUGGGAUGAGAAAUUCCACCACAAGAUGGUAGACAACCGUGGCUUCAUGGUGACCCGUUCCUAUACUGUGGGUGUCACGAUGAUGCACCGUACUGGCCUCUACAACUACUAUGAUGAUGAGAAAGAGAAGCUGCAAAUUGUGGAGAUGCCUCUGGCCCACAAGCUCUCCAGCCUUAUCAUCCUCAUGCCUCACCAUGUGGAGCCCCUUGAACGCCUUGAAAAGCUGCUGACCAAGGAGCAGCUGAAGAUCUGGAUGGGGAAGAUGCAGAAGAAGGCUGUGGCCAUCUCCUUGCCCAAGGGUGUGGUGGAGGUGACCCACGACCUGCAGAAACACCUGGCUGGGCUGGGCCUGACUGAAGCCAUCGACAAGAAUAAGGCAGACCUGUCACGUAUGUCGGGCAAGAAGGACCUGUACCUGGCCAGUGUGUUCCAUGCCACUGCCUUUGAGUGGGACACAGAGGGCAACCCCUUCGACCAGGACAUGUACGGCCGUGAGGAGCUGCGCAGCCCCAAGCUGUUCUAUGCUGACCACCCCUUCGUCUUCCUGGUGCGAGACACCCAGAGUGGCUCCUUGCUGUUCAUUGGGCGCCUGGUCCGGCCCAAGGGUGACAAGAUGCGUGAUGAGUUGUAG